CUGAAGUUGUCGAAACUUUGUGCAGAGCCAAUUUGCGGAGAGUAUGUAUCUCUUAAAGAAGCAGAUUUGCCCGCUGUUGUUUUUCCUGGUUUCCAUCGCGAUCGAUAUUUCAUUUUCUAACAAGAGGAGCAACGGAAGGAAAUCAGACCGCCUGAGCCCCCCCCUGGACAUCCAGUUGGAGACAUUGAACUGCACGGCCCUGCGAGUGCGAUGGAAGAUGCCCCGCCGACAUGUCAGCACCAUCACAGGGUACAAGGUGUUUUACACUGAAAUGAGGGGUAGUCGCACCAUUGGGAAUGCAGCUGUGCUGGAUGUACCCCUGAGCCUGGACAUGCUGACCACCGGACAAUUUGAUGGACAAGCCGGUUUUGACGUGGCCAUUGGUGGUCUGAAGGUGUCCACACAGUACCGCGUGAGUGUGGGGGCGUACGGAUGGGCAGGAGAGGGCAGGCCCAGCAUGCCCCGAGACGUCAGCACAGCUUCUCAUGACAUGUGCAUGCCCCCGUCUCCCCCAACUCAGCCCCGCGUGGUACCUGUGUCCGAUACGGAGCUGGCGUUGUCGUGGAAACAGGGCGAGAGCGAGGGGAGCGCGCCCGUACUGCACUUUCUUGUGGCCUAUAUCAGGCCGGAGUUUGACACGGAGUGGACGUAUAUCCGAGAGCCGGUGGAGGCCACCUCCAUGGUGCUGAAGGGGCUGUUCCCCGACACCGAGUACCAGUUUGUGGUGCGCGCCGUCAACAUCCACGGAGUCGGCCCUCCCAGCACCAUCAACAACCCCGUGCGCACACUCGGCUUUGGCUCAGCAGACGUGACCAGUGGAGAUGACCUGCGAUCCACCAUGGACAAGAAGAGAAAAUAUGAUGAGGAUGGCUUUGAUGCGGAUGACUAUGAUGACUUCAUUGAGGAGCUCAAAAAGACUCCGCUCAUCCCUGACGACGACCGGAGAUCCCCGCUGAGGAUCAGACCCGGAGGUCCGGGGAACAGGAACGUGAUCUUCAGGAUGGGCCCGAAGUCCUCCAACAGUACCACCACCCUCCCCACCCCUGUGUGGUCCCCUUCCUCCUCCGCCCCUGCCCCAGCCAGCACCGUAUCCUUCACCCUCCCCUCCUCCUCUUCCACCUCCUCCUCUUCCACCUCCUCCUCUGUGCCCGCCACCACCACCACCGCUGUGGCCUUGCCCAAGCCCACGCCCUCGCGACCCAUGACCCAGUGGAGGGGCGAGGUGCCGCGGCUGUACGAUCUGGCGUGCGAGGAUACGGUGUGCCCCUCGGAUAGCUUCUGCCUGAGCGACUUCGACAGUGGCGGCUCGCGAUGCCACUGCAGUCUCGGCCGUCAGGGCGACACAUGCUCCGAGGGUGUGAUGGUGCAGUUCCCAAGAUUUUUGGGCUAUUCCCACAUGACCUUUGAGCCCCUGAAGAACUCUUACCAGACCUUUCAAAUCACUGUUCAGUUCAAGGCUGAGUCUGAGGAUGGCCUUCUGCUGUACUGUGGGGAGAAUGAGCACGGUCGCGGAGACUUCAUCUCCAUCUCCUUGAUCAGGGGAAGAGUGCACUACAGGUUCAACUGUGGCACGGGUUCGGCCCAGAUCCAGAGCGAGAGCAGGGUGUCACUGGGCCAGUGGCACACCGUCACCAUCUUCAGGGACGGCCUCUCCGGAUGGCUCAGGAUGGACAAUGACACGCCCGUCUCCGGACGCUCACCGGGGCAGUACACCAAGAUCACCUUCCGCACCCCGCUGCACCUGGGUGGGGCGCCCAGCGUGUACUGGCUGGUGCGGUCGGUGGGCACCAACCGUGGCUUCCAGGGCUGCGUACAGCUCCUCAACGUCAACGGCAAGAUGGUGGACCUACGCCCCUGGCCCCUGGGCAACGCACUGAGUGGCGCUGAUGUGGGCGAGUGCAGUGCUGGGGUGUGUGACGAGGUGACCUGUGCCAACGGCGGGCUGUGCUUUGCCAACCGUGCCGACGACUUCAUCUGCCUGUGCCCGCUCGGCUUCAGGGGGCAGCUCUGCGAGGAGAGUUUCCUGCUGGCUCUGCCCCUCUUCAACGAGACCAUGCGCUCGUACGCUAGCGCCCCCUGGCCCCAGUCCUUCCACAGCUACCUGUCCUUCAUGGAGUUCGAGCUGGUCUUCCAGCCCGCCCUGGAGGACGGCACCCUGCUCUACAGCCACGACAAGCUCAGCAGGGACUUCCUGGCCAUCCUACUGGUGGACGGAUACGUGGAGUUCCGCUUCGACUGCGGCUCUGGAGCGACUGUCAUCAGGAGUGAGGAGGCCAUUUCCAUGAACGCCUGGCAUGAGGUGCGAGUGUCCCGGACAGCAAAGAGCGGCAUCCUGCAAGUGGACAACCAAAAUCCAACUGAAGGCAAAGCUGAAGGCGCCUUCACUCAGAUCAAGUGCAGCUCGCCCAUCUACAUCGGUGGGGUGCCAGACUACACCAUGGCCAAGAGCAGUGCCGGCCUCAGACGACCCUUCAGUGGCACCAUUCAGAAGCUGGUCCUUAACGACCGCAACAUCCCGCUGACCAAGGACUUUGCGUACGGCGUGAACGUGGAGAACGCGGAGCACCCUUGCAUGGACAACCCCUGUGCCAACGGAGGCACCUGCCGGCCCAAGUGGGACAGUUACGAGUGCGACUGCGCGCUGGGCUACGAUGGCAAACACUGCCAGAAGGAAUGUGGGAACUAUUGCUUGAACACUGUGACAGAAGCAAUCGAAAUACCCCAGUUCACUGGCCGCAGCUAUCUGACCUACGAUGGCCGAGAGAUCCUAAAAAGGGUGUCUGGUGUCAGGACCAAUAUGUUCAUGCGCUUCAAGAGUUCGUCUAAAGACGGCCUGCUGCUGUGGCGAGGAGACAUGAGGCCCAACAGUGACUACCUGUCCCUGGGCCUGCAGGAUGGGGCACUGGUAUUCAGCUACAACCUUGGCAGUGGCCCCACAUCUGUCGUCCUCAACGGAACAUUCAAUGAUGGCAGGUGGCACAGAGUCAAGGCAGUCAGGGAUGGUCAGUUUGGCAAGCUGACAGUGGACGACUACGGAGCUAAAACAGGAAGAUCUCCAGGCAAGAUGAGGCAACUCAAUAUCAACGGGCUCCUCUUUGUUGGAGGGAUGAAGGAGAUUGCUCUGCAGACUAACAGGCAGUACAUGCACGGGCUGGUGGGCUGCGUAUCCCACUUCACCCUCUCCACGGACUACCACAUAGCCAUGGUGGAGGACGCCGCAGACGGCAAGAACAUCAACACCUGCUCCAACUAAUGAUCACC